AUGGCGGUGGUGGAAAAUGCCGCGAUGACAUCAUCGAAUCGAGAUGUGGCGGAGAACGACGUUUCCGUGGAUAACCACCGCCAGGAGUCAACGACCAACGGCCAAGAGUCAACGAAACUGCACGAUCAGAGUUACCACCUGGUGCAGCACAACAUAUCCAACGGCGGUCAUCGUCAGCUGCCGGAGAAGAAAGUGAACGGGGACGAUGACGAUCGGGCUGAAGGUUUUAAGAGGGAAUUGAGGGAUUUAGAGGAGAUUCUCUCGAAACUGAACCCGAUGGCCAAGGAAUUUGUGCCGCCGUCUCUGGGCGGGCACCACCGGCUGCUGCUGGCGCCGCCACAACUUGCAGCGGCGGCUGGACAUUUUGGGUAUAAUGCUAAUGGUUUUGUAAUUCAGCAGCUCGUUAAUUCAGGUGCUCCGGCUGAAAAUUCAUUUCCAAGGAAAAAAAAUGGCUACAGUCAAGGGAGGCGAAGGACUAAUAGCAGAACAAGCAUGGCUCAAAGAGAUGAUGUGAUUAGGAGAACGGUGUAUGUUUCUGACAUUGAUCAUCAGGUAACUGAAGAGCAACUUGCUGCCCUCUUCAUUGGCUGUGGUCAGGUUGUGGAUUGCCGUGUUUGUGGUGACCCUAAUUCUGUGCUUCGUUUUGCAUUCAUUGAGUUCACUGAUGAGGAGGGUGCAAGAAAUGCCUUGACCUUAGCAGGAACCAUGCUUGGGUAUUAUCCAGUGAGAGUGUUGCCUUCCAAAACCGCAAUAGCUCCUGUUAAUCCGACAUUCUUGCCAAGAUCUGAGGAUGAAAGAGAGAUGUGCGCAAGAACUAUUUAUUGUACAAACAUUGAUAAAAAGGUCACCCAAGCAGAUGUCAAACUCUUCUUCGAAUCCAUUUGUGGCGAGGUCUACCGCUUGAGAUUGCUUGGUGACUAUCAUCAUUCAACUCGUAUAGCUUUUGUCGAGUUUGUGAUGGCUGAAAGUGCAAUUGCGGCUCUCAACUGUAGUGGUGCAGUCUUAGGAUCGUUUCCCAUAAGGGUAAGCCCGUCAAAGACUCCCGUGCGACCCCGUGGCCCCCGUCAAUCCAUGCACUAG